GACGCGUCCGGGGUCGGUGCGAUCUUCCGGCGGGGCGAUGGCGCCGUUCCCGUCGGGGCUGUUGGUGCUGACGGCCCCGCUGGGCUCGUUGCCGCGUCGGGCGGCGGCGGCGCUGGCGGAGGCGGCGGGGCUGGUGACGGGGCCGCUCUACGUGCACCUGCAGCCGGGGCUGCGCCUGGACGGCCCCGCGCCGCGCCCCGCCGCCCCCCCGCGCGCCCCCGCUCUGCUCCGCGCUUUGUCCGCGCUCUACGCGGCGGCGGCGUCGCACCGGGAGCUGGACGUGCGGGUCCUGCUGGGCCACGGACACCGGCUGGCGCGGCCGCCCCGCGUGCUGCUCGCGGACGGCGGAGCCGGCGACGCGGGGCCGGUCCGGGUGGCGCUGCGGGAAUUGGCCGCCGCCGCCUACGGCUGCCCGGCCGAGCUGCCCGCGGUGCUGCUCAGCGGCUCGGACGGACCCGAGGCGCCGCACGACGGCCCCGGCGCGGAGCUGCCCGUCUACUCCGACGUGGUGGUCGGCGGCACCUUCGAUCGGCUGCACGGCGCCCACCGGCUGCUGCUCAGCGCCUGCUGCCUGCUGGCACGGCGGAGGCUGCUGGUCGGGGUGGCCGACGGGGAACUGCUGCGCCACAAAGUCCUGCGGGAGCUGAUCGAGCCCUACGAGCUGCGGGUGGCCAAACUGCGGGAGUUCCUGGCAGAUGUGCAGCCCUCGGUGCUGUACGACAUCGUGCCUCUGGGCGACCCCUACGGCCCCGCAAUCACCGACCCGGAGCUGCGCUGCAUCGUGGUCAGCGAGGAGACACGCAAGGGAGGGGAGGCCGUGAACAAGAAGAGGAUCGAGAACGGCCUCGCCGCACUGGAGCUCUUUGAGAUCGAGCUGAUGGAGGAUCCCCAACACAGCCUCAGUGAGGAGGAGAAGAUCAGCUCCUCCAGCCUGCGACAGCGGCUGCUCGGCACGUUGCUGCGGCCCCCACGGGACAGCCCCACGCUGCCCCCCCGCCCCUACAUCAUCGGUCUGACCGGGGGCAGCGGGAGCGGGAAGACCUCGAUCGCCCGCCGCCUGGGGCAGAUGGGAGCGUUCAUCAUCGAUGCUGAUGCACUGGGCCACGCUGUGUACCUGCCCGGCAGCCCGGCCCACGGGCAAGUGGUGGCUGCGUUUGGGGCAGAAAUCUUGAACAAAGACGGGACGAUCAACAGGAAGAUCCUCGGGGCAAAAGUGUUUGGAAACCAGGAGCGGCUGAAGAACCUCACAGACAUCGUGUGGCCGGAGAUCGCGCGGAUGGUCAGGGAGCAGAUCAGGGAGGCAGGAGCUCAAGGAAAAGCCGUGAUGGUGCUGGAUGCCGCCGUGCUGCUGGAGGCCGGAUGGCAGGAGAUGGUGCACGAGGUGUGGGCGGCCAUCAUCCCCGAGGACGAGGCGCUGAAACGCAUCGUGAGCCGGGACGGGCUGAGCGAGGAGGCGGCGCGUGACCGGCUGCGGAGUCAGAUGAGCGACGGGCAGCGGGUGCGGGAGGCGCAUGUUGUGCUGAGCACCGCGUGGGAGCCCGACGUCACCCACAAACAGCUGCUGACGGUGCCCGUUGUCAGGUGGAGAAGGCGUGGGAGCUGCUGCAGCGCCGCAUCCACCGCGCGGCCACCGCAACGAGCAGCUGAACCGCAACGGGACCGAGAGGAGCCGGGACCGGGAGCGAACGGAGCGAACGGAGCGAACGGAGCCGCACAACGCGCCGGGACGGACCGGAAGCGCCGCGGCCCCGACCGGGCGGGUACGGCCCGUGCUCGGCACGGCGGGCGCUGCCGGUUCCGCGCCGUGAUCCCGCAGCCGAGCGGCGGUUAAAGGGCGGUCGCAGUUU